UACAGCCGCCGCAGAUCGGUCUAUAGAAUUGCUGUCAGUAUUCCUAUCUGCCAAUGAUUAAUCUUCAUGACCCUAUUGUUAAUUUUGGGGGCGAGGUUAUUUGUAUAGCUGCUGCAGGGGUUUUUAUCCACCAAUGGAUAAUUUUCAUAACUCUAUUAUCCGGGUUGUUGUAUAUCCGCUGCAGAUCAAUCUAUAGAGUUGCUGCGGUCAUCCUCAUUUACCAAUGAAUAACUCCAUGACCCUGUUGUAAAAGUUGGGGGCGAGUUUUAUCUGUAUAACUGGGCGGGGAUCUUAUUCACCAAUGGAUAAUUUUCAUA